CUCGUUCAGAGGGUAAAACGUCGCCAGCUACGAGAAUGCUAUUGCACUUUGUUGUGCUCGUAUCUUUGAGCUGGCCGCACGUAACAGGAACAGGGAACGCGGACCAGAAGGAUGAGCCGUUCGAUCAGCUGGCUACCGCGUCGGAGAAACAGGAAUUCCGAGACCAACUGAUAACGUCUAUAGUAGACACCACGGUGCACUAUGAGAAUUCAAACGGUUUCGUGCCCAUGGUCGCAUCCCCUUUGCCUGAACUCAAGCAAGACUCCGCGUUACCUCCGUUAGAAUCUAACAAUGUUACUUCGAACGGACAGAAUAAUUCGAGCACUGUUGAAGAACUUGAUAACAUCGAGGACGAUCCCGCUUAUUCUACGGAAGCUAGAAUAUUUCUAAACUUGCCGAACAACCGUAGAUCUUUCGAGUACCAGGCUAACCAGAACGAGUUCGAAUUGCUAAAGGUCAGAAACAAUACACCGGUGGUCGCCAAUUAUCCGGACACGUACGAGGAUCCAAGAUCUGACGAGAAUGAUGAUAAGACUCGAUCGAGGCACAGGACUCAAGGCAAAGGGCAGAAGAUCGAGAAUUAUAUGGGAAAUUAUGGAACAGUCACGCCUGAGAACUUUCAUAAUUCACCGAAGGAUAAUGAGAAGAAGAACCAGGAGAAAGUAACCAAUUAUCAUCAGCAACGAGUUUUGAACUAUGACGGGCAGAGCAAGCAGCCGCGGCCUACAGUGGCAUCCAUCCCAAGGCCGAACCAGGAGAUCAGUCUUUUCUUAAAUACUAAAAAUAAUGACCAUUACGAUAGCGAGAGUUCGUCAUCGCAAAUUGCUAAGAAUCACAGAUUCUCCAGGCCAGUCGUGGUCGCCGAGCCGGAUUACAAGCUCGAUCGACCGAGCUCUGAUGAAUAUCAAAAUUCGAGGGUGCUCGAUUCGGUGCAAAGCGCGGAGGCUAUGAAUCGGUACAUGAUGGACAACAGAAAUGGAAGAUAUCGCAGCGAGGAGGACUCCGGAGAUGCGUCGGAGGACGAAUACGUGGAGUACACGGAGAGGCCUAGAAAAAUACAGAAGAGCCGGCGACGACCUAAUGACAGUAAAAGAUUGCCGAAAGAGCAUCGCGGUUCGCACGAUGACAGCACGGAGUACGAGAUUCACGGAAAGAGGCAUCACGCGUCGAGGACCAAGUCCCAUCGUCACAGGACCAGAGGAAAUUCUUGGACGAACAACGACGACCAGGAUCAGGACGACAGUUACGAGGAUACGAGGCAGGACGAGAGAUUAUCGGAGACGAGGCACAAAUCGCAGAGUUCGAAGUUUAAACCGAGCCCUAGCUGGAACCAGAUCUCGCCUAAUCUCGAGAUUUCGCAUUCCAGCGGCAUCGAAAUCGGGCAGCUCGAGAAGCCUAAGCUGAUCGUCCCGGUGAACCUGGUACGGCUGGCGAAUUUCAAUCACGCAACGGCGAUCGGUAACAGCCAAGGCUUCGACGUGUCGAACGCAGUUCUACGCAACAUCGUCCCAGCGGUCGGUAAUCCGAACGACAACGCGGUCAGUCAAGACGUCAAGGUGAAAGUAUCCACGCCAGUCCCGGACGUCAUCGUCGGCCAGAAUAAUUUCCAGAAUCAGAUGUAUUCGAACGAUCAGAACAAAUACUACAAACCGCAGUACGUGUCCAGCACGGCGGCCCCGGUCCUCGCCGUCGCUCAAGACGGUCAAGGCAUGGCCACGCCUCGGCCGAAUCAGAUGCCACAGCUCAUAGUACCUCAGCCGACCCUUCAAACCGUCCCGACGCUCAUGCAAACGCCGGUGAAUCUCGAUUACAUUCAGGUGAACCCGCACGGAAUACAGGGUCAAAGUGCUAUCGGUGGCAGCUUGCAGCCUCUGCCAACGAUGUCCACGAUCACCCCGACGCCGAUCAACUUGAUCACCGCCGAGACACAAAACAAGAAGAUGCUCCCAGGCGCGGCGAAUACGAACUUCUUAGCCUCUGCCAGUCUGUCAGUCGGCCAGAACGAGCAAACGAACAACGGGGAUUCGUACUACUCGCAGGAUUUGAAUAAUCAGCAGAAUCUUAAACAAGGCUGGUAUCAACAGAUGAACGCUCCCAAGAUGAAGGCUUACAUCCAGACGCACUUGCUGCCGGUGUUGCAGUCGGUGCCGACUUUCGCCACGAUCUCAGCGAACGGUCAAGAUCAAAAUCAGCAGUACACGGGAUACGAGAAUAACGCGAAACCAGCCCUCGCGUAUCAAUCGAUCGACAACGCGGAAAGUAACGGCAAUGGGAACGCGAAUGCGUCACCGGGGAUCAUUAGCAAUGCUCAUUUACCGCACGUUGGUACGAGGAACGUCGAAAUUGUCAAUCCGAAUAUCAAACCCAGCCCCGUGGACACCAUUAUAAAUUCCUACGAGGCGAUGCAUUAUCCCGCCGCUGUUUUGACCACAUCAAUACCGAUGUUUACCGCAACCGGAUUCGUUACGGCCAGGCCGGCUGUAUUAUCGCCGACCACGGAACCCGCGAACGUUCACAGCUUCGCGAACUCGUUGACCGAAAUCGGUGCGAAGAACAAUCAGGCUAAUAACGAUUUGAAAGCUUACCAGUCUCAGAACCGGCCGAUGUUCAAUCCAAUUAAUUUCGUUCCGAACGUGGAGGUCGUCAGAAAUCAAGACGCGUUGAACAGUAAGUUACACGCGAACGAGCCUCUUCAACAGAACUUGAAUCUAGUGCCUUUGAUACCCGGUGGUAACUUCUUUAAACCCUCGUUCACCUCGCACAGCGAAUUAUACCAGAAACCGAAAUUGUCUUCGGAUCUGGCGACCUACGCCGAGCAGAUGUUUAAGGAAUCCCUAAAGACGAUGUAUAAUUCUCAGAAAUGGAACAACGACCGCAAUCGACGGCAAAAUGUGACCGAAGCAGACGUUAUAAGACUGAGGAACGAAUUGCAACGAUUGAAAGCCUCGCUGUACGACUCCAGGAAUAAAGAUCACGAGGCGCACCAUAGCGAGACGAAUGUGCAAACGGCCGAACUGCCGAAUAAGAAACCGGACCCUGAACUCGUAGCAGCGUUCGAACAGAUGCUGAAGAAUCACCCGAAGGAGUAUAAUUUCCGUGGCAAACCGCACAGACACCGCAGACCCGAGAAGUAUAGAGAGACGAAGCAUAUCAAGGAUUUUAUGACCCCGCCGCACCAACGUUUGAAAGGUCAUCACUUUGAGAAGCCUGGUAAAAAGAGACCAGGUCCGAGGUUCCGUAAUCAUCAUCACGGACCCAGGCCGCACCAUAGAAGCAAUUUGUCUCCGAAAGCCGGGAGUCUCGAGGUAUCUGGGUCGAAUAUCGACCCGGUGCACGUCGAGGGUUUCCCGCAGUACGAGACCAUCCACGAUUCGAGGCAGUUCCGAAAAGGCUCGUACUCCUCGGCCUCCCAUGAGAGAAAUAAUUCCCCCAACGGUAAACAUUAUAAAGGAUUCGACGGUAAAGAGAGUUCUUACAAUCAGCCCAAGAUGCACAAUCUCUUCGGUCUUUUGAUGAAGAACAAACAGCUGCCGAGUGGGAACAACCCGAACUACUUUCGAGACAAGGAUCAGCUGAAACAAUUCUUGGACGAUGAAAAGCGCCGGAUGGAGCAACAAUUCUUCGGCGAUACAUUCAAGGAUCAAGCUUAUAGAACCGGGACCCAAGGCCCGUUGUACUCUAAUUUAGGACAGGCCAGCAACGCUCGGAGAUCGUUGCCCGAAAAGAGGAUCGUUUGAAUCCGCGUUUCAAUUUCACAGAGGCUCUCAUGAUCGAUACCAAAUAUCAUUUUGAUACUAUUCUAUUUUGUUCUAAAUCGGUCGUAUAAAAUCGAGACUGACGUUCGAAUUGUCUGUUUAUAAGGUGCUACAGUUUGUUGUAUAUAUUACUUAUAA